CCCUUCACUCACUUUUAUAGUCUCCCUUCCUCGCUGCACUUUACUUCUCCACGAUGUGGGACUUCUUGACGCUCACCCUACUUUCUUUACGUGAGAAUCUGACGCCACACUUCGCUCGACGUGUGGUCAUUGUCUUCUUCGGAGGAAUCUAUGAGGCAGGUGUUCAGUUUCUUGAAGAGGCUAGGAAGUGUUAGGAGCUACGCGAAGCAUCUGCGUAUCGAUGGAGUUAAAGAUACCAUUGCUGUCGCCUCUGGUAAAGGAGGGGUGGGCAAGUCUACCACUUCAGUGAAUUUAGCUGUUGCACUCGCAAGUAAAUGCAAUCUCAGGGUUGGUUUGCUCGAUGCUGAUGUAUACGGUCCAAAUAUUCCCACCAUGAUGAACAUUAAUGAAAAGCCAAAAGUGACCCCAGAAAAGAAAAUGAUUCCUGUUGAAAACUAUGGGAUAAAGUGUAUGUCAAUGGGUUUCCUUGUGGAGAAAGAUGCGCCAAUUGUAUGGAGAGGUCCCAUGGUAGCAAAUGCUCUUGAGAAAAUGACACGGGGAGUUGACUGGGGAAACCUUGAUAUUCUGGUGGUGGACAUGCCUCCUGGAACCGGUGAUGCCCAGAUAGCUAUCUCACAGAAUCUGCAAUUAUCAGGUGCAGUGAUUGUUUCAACUCCUCAAGAUGUUGCAUUAAUGGAUGCUAGGAGAGGAGUAAACAUGUUCAAUAAAGUUCAUGUUCCUAUUCUGGGAAUUGUUGAGAACAUGAGCUGCUUUAAGUGUCCUCAUUGUGGUGAACCUUCAUACAUAUUUGGGAAAGGAGGGGUUUCUAUGACAGCGGCUGAUAUGGGAUUAGAAUUGUUGGGUGAGAUACCGUUAGAAGUGCAGAUAAGAGAAGCUUGUGAUGAAGGGGACCCCAUAGUGUUAUCGGCUCCUGAUUCUGCAGCAUCCAAAGCAUAUGGUGAUGUUGCUCGAAAUGUUGUUCAGAAACUCAAGGAACAACCAGCCCAACCUGAAAUUGUACUAUGAGGAGCUGCUCUUGCACUCUGCGAGUAUGUGAGCUUGUUAUUUAGAUUGUAUAGCAGGGAUGCUAAAAGACAUGGAUAGUUUGUGCUGUCAGCAGUGCUGUAUAAGUAGACAUGCUGUUUCAUCCAACCACCAAGUAUGGCAGCAUUUUACAUUUUUACUUCUCUUCAACACCUUGACCUUGAUUGUAGAUACAGGCAUAGUGCAGAGCCACCAAAGAGCACGAAUUAAAAUUAGAGAGCCUCUGUGGAUGAGGGUUUUUUUUUUUUU